CUUCCUUCUAACCCGGGAGAGCUACAGGAAACUGAAGUCUCGGUACUGAGAACUUUGUACGAUGGAUGGUAGUGAAACCUCCUCACGCGCAGGUGCAAAUGACUAUUUGAAAAGCAUUGAGUCUCCAGGAACACGAUCUGUGGAUGUGAUUGUUUACUUAAUUAAUGACUGUGCAGUGCCACUUACAUUGGACAGCGUCCUUUCGGCCACCACAGCUCAUGAGUUACACAGGUUGAUUCGUGGCAUUCUGCAGCUACCAGAUAUUGCCCAGGAAGUUUUUGCGCUGUGGCUCAUUUCGCCUUUCCUAGAGGUACAGCUAAAACCAAAGCAUCAGCCUUACAAAGUUUGCCGCCAGUGGCAUGAUCUCUUGGCACGUUUCACAACCUGUUCAUUGGAUGAAAUUCAACAGGAUGAACCUUGCCUGCAAUUCCGUAGAAACAUUUUUUUUCCAAAAGCACGAGAACUUAAAAUUUCUAACGAGGAAAUCUUAAGAUUGCUGUACGAAGAAGCAAAGUACAAUGUCUUGGAAGGACGGUAUCCAUGUGAUGUGGAGGACUGUGAGAUCCUUGGAGGUCUGGCCUGCCGGCUAGAACUUGGACCAUAUGAUCAGGAGCAGCAUACUCCCUCGAUAUUAAGGCCCAAACUGGACUCAUUUCUUCCUCAAUAUAUUUGUAAGAAGAGAAAUGGGAGCUUGCUGACUGCUUUCAAAAACAGAGGUGGACGUCAGACAAGUUUCGAGCAAACGCUAUUAAAUUCAUACAAAGAAGUUACAGAAAAUAGUGCAUGUUCAGAGGUUGAGGCCAUGAAGACCCAUUACAAGGAGUAUUUGAAAAAGUGCCAUAAUCUUCCCUACUAUGGGUGUGCAUUCUUCCGUGGAGCAAUUGAUAAGCCUGCACAGGGUAUAUUAAACAGAAGUGGACGGAAGAAUGUAUCAGUGGCUGUUAACUUGGAAGGAGUGUCUAUUAUUGACCAUAAAGAAAAGCAUGUCUUGAUAAGCUUGAAGUAUUCAGAGCUUUCUUGGGAUCACACCUAUCCUGAUGAAGAGGAGCAUAUACUUUGGUUGGAAUUUGAUGGUGAAAAUGAAGGUGCACCUGUCAACAAGCUGUUGAAAAUAUAUUCCAAGCAGGCAGAACUCAUGAGUGGCCUUAUUGAGUACUGCAUAGAGCUCAACCAGACACUAGAGUCUGAAUCUGAUCCUGUUAAUCCCCAGCUCUCCGAGAAACGUUCCAAGCUGCGCAGACAGGAUAGCGUCUUGUGUAACCGCAUGAAAAAUCUUGCUACAAUUGACUAUGUAGAAGAUGGUACAGAAAUCAAACGAGUGAAACCUAAACGAGCUGCAUCAUUUUUCACCCGACAACCAACACAUAGCUACUCCUCGGUACAACCUUCUGAAACAGUAGGACAGAGAUGAUGGUGGUCAAGAAUGCAUUGUGUGACCAAAGAGACUGACUUAGCACUGGACCUUUAAAAUCAUGAUACUGACCAAGUAAAAAUAAUAACAAAAUAGCAUUUCAUAGCGUUUCAUUUUGAUUGCAUGACAGUUUUUUUUUGUUUUUUGUUUUUUUUUUUGCAAGGCUCAUUGGUGUUAUUAAUGAGAGCUAAAGCUUAUCAUAUGAUCUUAAGGUGCCAGUCAAAUGUGAUGACGGCCUGCACAUUUCAAAAUCUUGUUAGAAAAUUGUUUAUAGAUGGAUUUUCAUUACUUCUUUAUCUCUCCAAGUGCACGUUGUGGAGUAAUUUUGAUGCAUAUUUAUGUUCUGUUGUACCUGUGUAGUACUGUUUAUUGGCAAAAAAUAUUUGCUGCAUAAUUCAGUCAAACCAAAAAAUCUGCCUGAAUGACUUUUGGUGUGCCAUGCCUUGAACUUCGUAAAUAUAGUUCUAGUUUUUAAUGACAGGUGUCGGUUA